CAUAUGUACAUCAUACCCACACACACUUAAACACAUAUUUGUGAUUUUAGGCUUUUUCUCCAGCUACAUCUAAAAGGCAGUCAGGCACAACUUCUCUCUUGCCUAGUACCAAAAGAGUAGCCCUGAGCCCAGGAGUUUUUUUUUUUUUUUUCUCUUUUAAGUUGUGCCUGUCGAAGUUCCUGGGAUCUUAAGCAUACCACAGCAGCAACCCAAACCACUGCAGUGACAAUGCCAGAUCCUUAAUCUGCUGUGCCACAAGAGAACUCCCGAGGACAUUUUCUUGCAAAGAAACCAAGAGCCUUCACAGUGUGUGCUGGGCUUACAGCCUGUCUCUUGCCAGUUACAUCUGAUGUCCCAGCAAAUGGCAUUGUCUCCAGCAGUGCUGAGAAGAUAAUCCUGAGGAUCCAGCAGUGAUAUAUACAGCUAAUGCAGACUGGGUUGCACUCUGCUGGGUAGACCUUGAAAAGGAGUGAUGCCUCCAGGCAGGUGGUAUGCUGUCCAUCCAGCUCAGGCCAAGGCUUCAAGGGAGCGAGGACGCCUUCAGAUGGUAAAGAAGGAAGAAGAGGAUGAAGGCUACACUUCAGUGCCGGCUACCAGGCCGCAGACACUUAAUCGUCCUGGCCAGGAGCUGUUCCGCCAGCUCUUCAGGCAGCUUCGCUACCAUGAGUCUUCCGGGCCCCUAGAGACUCUGAGCCGGCUCCGGGAGCUCUGCCGCUGGUGGCUGAGGCCAGACGUUCUCUCGAAGGCCCAGAUCCUAGAGCUCCUGGUGCUGGAGCAGUUCUUGAGCAUCCUUCCAGGGGAACUCCGGACCUGGGUGCAGCUGCAUCAUCCUGAGAGUGGUGGGGAGGCUGUGGCCUUGCUGGAAGAGCUACAGAGGGACUUCGAUGGGUCACUAUGGAGGGACCCGGCCCCUGCCCAGAGCCCAGAUGUGCAUUGGAUGGGCACAGGUGCCCUGCAGGCCACACAGAUAUGGCCCCCUGCUUCACCUCUCAGGAGCGGCUCGGCUCUGGGGGACCACCUGCAGCCUCCCUGUGAAAUAGGAGUGCGUGACUUCCUGGCUGGGCAACCCGAUUCUCCUGCUGCACAGGUGCCUACCCUUUCCCAGAGAGAAGGAUGCCCAGGAGACCAGGUGACAGCCCAGCCUCAGGAGGCUUUGACAUUCAAGGAUGUGGAGGUGACUUUCUCCCAGGAUGAGUGGGGAUGGCUAGACGCUUCUCAGAGGAACCUGUACAGGGAUGUGAUGCUUGAGAACUACGGGAACAUAGCCUCUCUGAGGGGGCCAUUCACCAAACCUGCCCUGAUCUCCUGGUUAGAGACAAGGGAGCCAUGGGUCCUGAAUGUUCAGGGAGCUCAGCCUGAGGGGAAUCCAGGUGCUGACGUUGCAGGAGGUGAGCUCCAUAUGAAAACCAACAAGUUCAACUUAAAACAUGAACCUUUGAAAGAAGCAGUCACCUUAGCCAUUCCAUCAGGGUGUCAUGGUUCAGCGAACAUUUCUAAGGAAACAGGGCUCAGAGAACCUUCUGAACAGAAGAGCAGAUUAAAGGAACCAUGUGGAAACCCUGUACAAGUGAAAGUUGAGAAAGAAGAGACUGAUUCCAGCCAUGGGACAGGAAAAGACUGUGAAGACUCGGGAAGGAGCAGUAGUCUUCAUCUAAAACAUGUUAUGUAUUUGAGAGGGCCCAGAAGAAAACAGUCCCUCAAACACGGCUGUGGCAGACACUUCAGAGGGAGUUCAUACCACUGUGAGUACAAGGAGUAUGGAAAAGGGCUCAGAUGCUUGCUUGGCGGGUUCAGUCUGCAUCAGAGGAUUCACGCUGGCCUGAAAGGGAAGCCAAAGGAUGCUCACGGGAAGGACUUCAGCCUCAGCUCUCAUCACCAACAUGCACAGAAUCGUCAUGUGGUGGGGAUGUCCUAUAAGUGUGGUGACUGUGGGAGGACCUUCAGUCACAGCUCCCAUCUUACAUGUCAUCAGAGACUUCACACUCAAGAGAAACCAUUUAAAUGUAGGGCGUGUGGGAAAGCCUUCAGGUGGAGUUCGAACCGUGCGCGACAUGAGAAAAUUCACACUGGAUUGAAGCCUUAUAAAUGCAAUUUAUGUGACAAAGCUUUCCGACGCAUGUCUGCCUACCGUCUGCAUCAGGAAACUCAUGCUAAGCAGAAAUGUCUUGAAUCUAAUCAGUAUGAAGAAGCUCUCUCCUGUGGCUCAGAGUUUGAGCGUCAUUUGGGAGACCAAGCUGGAGAGAAACUCUUUGACUGCAGCCAGUGCAGAAAAUCCUUCCACUGUAAAUCAUAUAUUCUUGAACAUCAAAGGAUUCACACCCAGGAGAAGCCCUAUAAGUGCACCAAAUGUAGGAAAACAUUUAGGUGGCGGUCCAACUUCACUCGUCACAUGAGACUGCACCAGGAAGAGACGUUCUAUGAUCAAGACGAGUGUAGAGAAGACUUCAGGCAGACCCCCAACGACAGUCAGCCUCAGAGGGCCCCCACUGUGGAGAACUCUUUUUCGUGUCAGCAGUGUGGGAAAACUUUUACUCAAAAGAAAGCUCAUGAUCAUCAGAGAAGUCACUCAGGUGAAAAAUCAUACUGGUGCAGCGAAUGUGCAAAAGAGUUUACUCACAGGUCCACCUUUGUUGUUCAUAAGAAGCAGCACACCUUUAAAAGAGAACCUGAGGAUGCGCCACCGUUGAGUCAGGACAGAGCAUUCCAAGUCCCCCAGAGCAGUCACACUACAGAGGAACCCUGCACAUGCAGCCAGUGUGGCAGAGCCUUCCGGAACCACUCAAUUCUCCUCAUUCAUCAGAGAGUUCACACCAGAGAGAAACCGUAUAAGUGCAUGGAGUGUGGGAAGUCUUUCCGUUGGAGUUCGAACCUCUCCCAACACCAGAGGGUUCACUCUUUGGAAAAACCAUAUAUGUACCGUGAAAGGGAAGACCCUCCAAAUCUGCAGUCACAGAUCCUCACUGGUGAGAAACCUUUCUGGUGCCAAGAAUGUGGGAAAACCUUUACACGUAAAAGAAGCCUUAUAGAUCACAAGGGGAUACACAGUGGAGAGAAGCGCUAUAAAUGUAACCUGUGUGGGAAAUCUUAUGACAGAAAUCACCGCCUUGUUAAUCAUCAGAGAAUCCACACGAAGGAGAGACCUUUUAAAUGUCAGUGGUGUGGGAAAGAUUUCAUUGGAAGACACACCCUCUGUGUUCAUCAGAGAAAACACACCUCAGUGGCCCAGUCUGAAUGCAGUGUGGCUGGGCUGUCUUCCCGCCAGGAUUCAAGGGUGAGUUUGCAGGAAUUAAAACCAAGGGAGGAGAAGCCCCUUGAAGAUUGUAAGGAAGCUUGUGAUCAGAGGUCUGGGCUCACUGGACUUGAGGACGUCCCCAUUGGGGGAAAGUGCCACAAAUGUAGCACGUGUGGGAAAACUUUUAACAAGAGCUCACAACUCAUUAGCCACAAGAGAUUUCAUACUCGAGAGAGGCCCUUCAAAUGCAGAGAGUGUGGGAAGACCUUCAGGUGGUCUUCAAAUCUGGCUCGGCAUAUGAAAAGCCAUGUUAGAGAUUAGUUUGGGGCCAGACAACAGAGGGUGGAGGGUGGGGAGAGAAUCCUUGAUGGUAGGCAGCUUGGUGCACACCUUCACAAAGGGCCCAGCCCUUUCUAUUUUGAAAGCUAGUGGCAGAGAAUACUGAGGAUUCAAAAACUCGAGGCAUUCCCAUCCUUCAGCUGGAAAAUUAGAUGCCGGCGAAGAGCAGCCAUGUUCCAGAAGGAGAUUUGGCUCCCUCGGAGUGUCCUUUGUGCAGUGACCUGGAGCUCCCCCAACCAGAUCUCCUCCUUCGACUCUAAAGGGAGAGACCAUUGCCCUUUGUGGUUUGACAGAAUUUCUGUGGUGUGAUGGGCUGUGGCUGCUGGGAACGGGCCAAUUGGAUCCUGAGUUUCCCUUUGAGUUUGGCCUGUGAUGGUGCCUGUUCUGUUGAACCUUAAAAGCACCACCAGCAGCAAGAACUCCUGGUCUUCCUAGAUGCCUCCUGAGGAUUUCUGCCUGUGGCUGCAGCCUUCACAGUUGGCUUUGGCUACUUGUCAUGGGCAUAGAGCUGUCUUAGCUGUGAGCGGCAGAGAAACAGGAUGCCCAGCUUGAUUACCUGGAGAGUGGAACUCCGUCACUGCCCCCGUUGUCAUCUACACCCCACAGUUCUACAAAGAAAUCUGCCAAGCUCUUCCCUUAUGCCAGGCAGUGUCCUCUGUGCCAGAGACCCAGCAGUGACCAGAACAGAAAAGCCUGCCAUCUUGGACCUUGACCAACAAUAAACAAAUGAAAUACA